CGCCGCGACCCCAGCCCCCCUGGCCCCGCCCCUUUCCGCGACCCCCUCCCCCCCGGCGCCGGGAGAUGUGAUGAGGAGCCCGGAGCGGUUCCUGAGCAGGCUGCCAACCUCUCCGUCCUGGAUGUGGCCGGUGGAUCCGGGACCCUACAGCUGACACAGUGACAAAAGCUGCCGAGCUUGGAGGUGGGGUAGGCGCGUGACCCACAGGAAGGAGACAUGGAGAGAGCGGGCGAGGCCUACGUGAACCGGGACGAGGAAGACGAGAUGGAAAUCUCUGGCUACAGCCCCUGCUGCUGGAAGCUGGCGCUGGUCCUGCUGGGCACCGUCUGCAGCGGAGGCUUCCUCCUCCUCUUCCUCUACUGGCUGCCAGAGCUCAGCGUCAAGUGGACCUGCCGCUCGGUGCCCUUGCGGGAUGCCCGGCUGCUGCUGCUCAGGACCACGGACCAGUUCCGAACGUGGUCCCGGGUCCGGGUCGGUUCUCUCUCUGCCCCUGGAUCCGACCCCUUGGGCUCCCCUCAGCUGUCGGAGAGCAAGAGGCCGCUGUGCCAGGCCAGCCAGCUGGAGGACUGGGAUUGCGAGGAGGGGCUCCUGUCUCUGCCCACGUGCGGGGAGCAGGCGGAGAUCCGCUGCUUCGUCCACCACCACGUGCGCUACCUCUGGAGGGCCGAAUCCCAGUGUUUCCAGCGGCUGACGGCCCUGGACCUCGGGCAGCCGUGCUCUUCCCUGCACUCCACCCACGGGACGGGCCUCCCGCGCGGCACCCAGGACUACCGGAGGCUUUUCUUUGGAGCCAACCAAAUCGACGUGCAAGUGCCUUCCCUCCCCAAACUCCUCAUCAAGGAGGUGUUGAAUCCCUUCUACAUUUUCCAAGUCUUCAGCAUGGUGCUGUGGUCCCUGGACAACUAUUACCUGUACGCCUCGGCCAUCCUCUUCAUGUCGCUCGUCUCGAUUGGCUCCUCCCUCUACACCAUCCGGAAGCAAUAUAUCCUGCUGCACGACAUGGUCGCUGCCCACAACAUCAUCCGGGUGACCGUGUACCGGGGGACGUACGACACCGAGGAGAUCCUCUCCACGGAGCUGGUGCCGGGGGACGUGCUGCAGGUGCCUCCGGAGGGGCUGACGCUGCCGUGCGACGCGGUGCUGCUGAGCGGCACGGCCAUCGCCAACGAGAGCCUGCUCACGGGUGAGAGCGUCCCCGUGACCAAGACGGCCCUGCCUGACCCGGCCCGAAGCGCCAGCGGGCCGCGCCAGGAUCCGGCCUACGACCCGGACGAGCAUAAACGGCACACGCUCUUCUGCGGCACCUCCGUCAUCCAAACGCGGUACUACUCCGGGGAGCCUGUGCGGGCGCUGGUCAUCCGGACAGGUUUCUCCACCUCCAAGGGGCAGCUGGUUUGCUCCAUCUUGUUCCCGAAGCCGACCGGCUUCCGCCUCUACAGAGACGCCUUCCGGUUCCUCCUCUGCCUGGUUGGCGUCGCCGGGAUCGGCAUGCUGUACUCGGUGAUUCGCAGCGUGCAGCAGGCGGAGCCCGUGGGCCGGAUCAUCCUGGAGUCACUCGACAUCCUGACCAUCACGGUGCCUCCGGCGCUGCCGGCCGCCAUGACCGCCGGGGUGGUGUACGCCCAGCGGCGCCUGCGCGGGCAGCGCAUCUUCUCCAUCAGCCCCCAGCGCAUCAACAUCUGUGGGCAGCUCAACUUGAUGUGUUUUGACAAGACAGGAACCUUGACUGAGGAUGGGCUCGACUUCUGGGAUUUUGUACAAGCCCAGGACGGCUGCUUCCUCCCGGCAGGGCGGGACCUUCGUGCCCCCGGCCUGAGCAACUCGCCCUUCGUGGCCGCCAUGGCCGCCUGCCACUCGCUCACCACCAUCGGGGGACGUCUCUCGGGGGACCCCCUCGACCUCAAGAUGUUUGAGGCCACCGGCUGGGUCUUGGAGGAGCCCACUCAGGAGGAGACAGCUUUGCAUGACCAAAUCCAGCCCACGGUCGUCCACCCGCCGGACCAGACGCCUCCUGACGUCCCAAAGGGGACUCCCGAAGAGGAGGAGCUGAUGGAGUUGAUGAGAGCCCACCAGGUCGGCCUGCUGGUGCAGUUCCCGUUCUCCUCCAGCCUGCAGCGCAUGAGCGUCGUGACGCGGACGCUGGGCGAGAAGCGGCUCGUGGCCUACAUGAAGGGAGCCCCGGAGACCGUGGGCAGCCUCUGCCACAAGGAGACGGUUCCAGAGAACUUCUCGGCGGUGCUGGAGUCCUACACGCAGCAGGGACUGCGGGUGAUUGCCCUGGCCAGCCGGCGGCUGGAGAGCAGGUACACCUGGCACAAGGUGCAGCACGUCAGCAGGGACGUCAUCGAGUGCAGCAUGGACUUCCUGGGCCUCGUCAUGCUCCAGAACACGCUGAAGCCCGAGACGGCCCCCGUCCUGGCUGAGCUGCGCAGGGCCUGCAUCCGCUCCGUCAUGGUGACAGGAGAUAACCUGCUGACGGCCAUUUCUGUGGGCCGGGAGUGUGGCAUGAUCCCCGCCAAGGGCAAGGUCAUUCUGACGGAGGCCCUGCCCCCCAGGGACGGGCAGCCAGCCACCAUCAACUGGCAGUACGCAGAUGAACUCCCCGCGCCGGAGAUCCCGGACAAGGCGAGCAAAGAGGAGAUCAAGCUGAUGUUGGAGGAAGAGGAGCCGGCGCCCGCGUCUCGGCCAGGCAUCAGUUACCACUUUGCCAUCGGUGGAAAGUCCUUCGCAGUCAUCGUAGAACACUUCCCUGACCUGCUGCCCAAGCUGCUGCUCUGUGGCACCAUCUACGCCCGCAUGGCCCCAGACCAGAAGACGCAGCUGGUGGAAUCCCUGCAGAAGAUGGACUACUACGUGGGCAUGUGCGGGGAUGGAGCCAAUGACUGCGGGGCUCUGAAGCGUGCCCACGGCGGGAUCUCCCUCUCGGAGCUGGAGGCCUCCGUGGCUUCGCCGUUCACCUCCAAGACGCCCAACAUCUCCUGCGUGCCGGACCUCAUCCGGGAAGGCCGGGCUGCCCUCAUGACCUCCUUCUGCGUCUUCAAGUUCAUGGCCCUGUACAGCAUCAUCCAGUAUCUCAGCGUCCUGCUCCUCUACUCGACCCUGGGCAACCUGGGAGACAAGCAGUACCUCUUCAUUGACGUGGGCAUCAUCCUAUCCUUGGCCUUCACUAUGAGCCUGAACAGCGCGUGGAAGGAGCUGGCCCCCCAGCGGCCGCCCACCGGCCUGGUUUCUCCACAGCUGCUGCUCUCCGUCCUCACCCAGAUCCUGCUGUCGCUGGGCUUCCAGGUGGGGGCCUUCCUCCUCGUCCAGGGACAGCCCUGGUACCACCGCAAGAAGGAGGGGAGCUGCGCUCUGGCCCCCAACGUCACGUCCGACUCCGACGGCGUCGCCCUCGCGAACCUCACGGCCGGGCCGGAGCCCGAGGACAACGGGGGCGAAGAGGAGGAGGAGGGGGCCCACGCCGUGCGCAGCUUCGAGAACACCACCCUCUUCUACGUCUCCUGCUUCCAGUACGUCAUCGUGGCUCUGGCCUUCGCCAAGGGGCGGCCCUUCCGGCAGCCCACCCGCACCAACGGUUUCUUCGUGGCCUCCUUCCUCGCCACCUCCGGCUUCCUGCUGUUCCUCCUCCUGUGCCCACUCCCGGCACUGGACGACUUCUUUGAGCUGACCUGCGUCCCCUACGAGUGGCGUCUCAUCGUCCUGGCCUUGACCGUGGCCAACCUGGGCCUCUCCCUCUCGCUCGAGAACUUUGUCUGUGACUGCGACACCCUGUGGCAGCGCGUUUGCUACACAAGGCGGAAGUACGAGUAUCCCAAUCAAGCCACCUACCCCCAGCUAGAGCUGGAAGAGCUGGCCCCCGGAUACUCGUGCCGCCGGCAGGCCCCUCCCCGGGCCAAGUACAAGCGUUUGGCUCAAGAGCUGCUCUUCGACCCCGACUGGCCUCCGCAGCCGAAGACGAGCACCAAGGCCCGGGGGCCUCCUCCGGCCGAGAGCAGCGCGUGACGCUGGCCCCGGCAUCUGGUGGCGCGUGGCGGAGACGGUACUGUUCAUGCGCUGGUGUUCCGCUGCAGCUCCUGGUAGUCGCCGUCCCUGCUGGGAAAUCUCUCCCGCCCCCCAUCCCAGUAUUCCAAAAAAACCCAUAACGCCCUUCCCCAACAGUCGGGGCAGAAGAAAACACCCCAGCAACUGUAGCUUAUAAGCUUCCAGUUUUUCCACAGUUAUAACCACCCCCCCAAAAGCGCCACGUAGCGCAUCUGUUACAGCAACGAGCAGCAUUUUGGUCUGCUGCCCCCCCCCGCCCCCCUUUCCUCCAUCGCGGUUCUCCCCAGCCUCUGACGGUACCAGCCUAUUCCUAUUAAUUCGCUUGGGAGAACAGCCUGCCUGUUCAAGUCCACGCGGGGUGGUGUUCGCUCGUGGGCUGGGCCCCGGAGGCCGUGUGGCUCACAGGGUGCCCGUCCCGUCAUCUGUGGAGCGUGUCCGUUUCUGCGUUGAGGAACGGUGGGUGUUGCCUCCAAAGGGAGGCUUUUAAAUGUCUUUCAGCCAGGUUUUUUUUUUUUAAGAAAUAAAGAUGAUUGUAUGUAAAACUUAUAAAUUAUUGUUGAUUGUGGGAGUAAAGACGGCGCUUCUCUUUUCCUCCGUCCCCUUCCAGCGGUCCAGUUGCUCCAUUCCCAGAGACAUUGGGGGGACCUUUUCUAUGCCUGCCCCCUUUCCCUCCCUCCCCCUUCUGUUUUUGCCCAAAGGGGGAAAUGGGGUUUGCAUUCUUUUCUUUACUGGCUUGGUAAUGACCUCGAUGCAUGCGCCGGAUCUGACAGGUGUUACCCCUGAUGCCACGGAAGAUGAUAGAACUUUUGUAGCCUUGCCGAUCACAACAACAUUAAAGUACCAAUCAAAAGGCGUCGCCAAA